AUGUUGUUCAAGGCUCUCGUCACCGCAGCAUGUGCUAGCUGUGCUAUUGCACAUGCGAACCAUGAUCAAACCCCAAUUGAGGGGCCGCACCGCUCGUUGUGGUACAACACCCUCCCAGGUGAUGGCGGCACUCAGGCUGAUUCCGUCUUCUCGGGCAUCUCGACCUUUGGGCGCCUGCCUUACUGGCCAUGCCUCGCCAGCGACAAAGAGAAAUAUGACAUCGCAUUCAUAGGUGCUCCGUUCGACACGGGAACGUCCUAUCGCCCAGGAGCUCGCUUCGGCCCCAGCGGCAUUCGUCAAGGUUCUAGACGCCUCAAUCUCUACGGCGGGUACAAUGUUCCCAUGGACGCCAAUCCUUUUAAUUUCUGGGGUAAGGUCCUCGACUGCGGCGACAUUCCCGUGACCUCCUACGACAAUGCCUACGCUCUACAGCAGAUCGAAGAAGGACACCACACUCUGCUGACCCGCGCCCCGUACACCGCUGCGGCCGAGCCCGGCAUCAGCAAGUCAGGCCGCACGCUCCCGCGCAUCAUCACGCUGGGUGGUGACCACACCAUCACGCUCCCGCUCCUGCGCAGCAUCAACCGCGCCUAUGGUCCCAUCAGUGUCAUCCACUUCGACAGCCAUUUGGACACAUGGAAGCCCAAGGUCUUCGGUGGCGCACCCUCCAAGCAGGCGGCCAUCAACCAUGGAACGUACUUCUACUGGGCAUCACAGGAAGGCUUGCUCGCCAACGACAGCAACAUCCACGCUGGCAUCCGCACUACCCUGUCCGGUCCAACCGACUAUGAGAACGACGGCUACGUCGGCUUCACGCGCGUCGAGGCACGGGAGAUUGAUACCCUUGGCACCGAAGGCAUCAUCAAGAAGAUCAAGGAACGUGUCGGCACCAAGAACCCCGUGUAUCUGUCCAUCGACAUUGACACGCUUGACCCGGCCUUUGCGCCAGCAACCGGCACCCCGGAAACGGGUGGCUGGACGACAAGAGAGCUCCGAACCAUCCUGCGGGGUCUGGAGGGUGUCAACAUUGUGGCGGCGGAUCUUGUCGAGGUGGCGCCGGCCUACGACACCAAUGCGGAGCUGACCACGAUGGCGGCCGCGGACGCGCUGUAUGAGGUCAUGACCGUCAUGGUCAAGCGUGGACCGCUGAGCAUCGAUCACAGCGAGAAGAAGGAGGAAGAGGUUGGAAGGUUGAGGGCUGUGGACGGUGAAGGCUACGACAGACGCUAUGUGGAUGGCGGUGAGAUGUGA